UUCUACGAUUCCACGCCAGACAGGAAUCACUUUCUGUGGUAGAUGGUUGUAUCAUGGUUGCAGAGCGACUCGUCAUUCCGUCGCAGCACCGUAAAAGAUGUCUAGAACAACUCCAUCUGGGUCACCCCGGAAUGCAACGUAUGAAAGCUCUAGCUCGAAGCUAUGUGUACUGGCCCGGUGUGGAUUGAGAUAUCGUCAAUUUUGUCAAAGCGUGCCACCAGUGUGCUUCCGUAGCCAGAUCACCUCCGCAUGCUCCACCAGUAUCGUGGUCCAAACCGACCGCUCCGUGGCAGCGGGUUCAUAUCGACUACGCAGGACCAAUCGAAGGCGAGCAUUAUCUGAUUGUCGUCGAUGCUUUUACCAAGUGGCCUGAGAUCAUCCAAACGAACCGUAUAACGUCAGUGGCAACCAUCAGCAUUCUUCGUAGUCUGUUUGCUAGAUUUGGUAUGCCAGUUACAAUAGUUAGCGACAACGGUUCUCAAUUUACAAGCGCCGAAUUUCUCGAUUUCUGUAUCUCCAACGGAAUCGAUCAUAUUACAACAGCACCGUUUCAUCCACAAUCAAACGGCCAAGCAGAACGAUUUGUGGACACAUUUAAAAGAGCCGUGAAAAAAAUUCGAGAGGAGAGAGGAUCGAUACAACAUGCAUUGGAUAUUUUCUUGCUUACGUACCGAAGCACGCCCAACCGAGCCUUACCAGACAAUAUUUCGCCAUCCGAAGCAAUGUUCGGUCGAAGGAUUCGCACGUGUCUCGAGCUCCUGCGUCCUUCGCCGCUACAUCCACCAAAAUUAUGUUAG